AUGCUAUUCAAAGGAAUAAGAUACGCUAAGAGUUAUUUUCAUGGUGCUUCUAACAUUCCAUUAACUUAUAAAACUGUAGGGUAGUAGUUGCAUGAUAUUACUGAGAAAUACCCUGAUAAUUUAGCAGUAACUAAGCUUUAUAUGGAUUUCAGGUAGUUUCUUAAUUGCAGGAUGUUCAAAUGACUUACAGUGAAUUCUAUAAGAGAUCAAAAGAAUUAGCUGCUGCUUUCAUUGCUUUAGGAUUAGAGAAAGGUGAUCGUAUAGGCAUUUUCUCACCAAAUAAUGUAGAGUGGGCGUUAACUUAAUUUGCAGCAGCUAUGGCUGAUUUAAUUUUAGUGAAUAUUAAUCCUGCUUAUUAAACUAAUGAAUUAGAAUAUACACUUAAUAAAGUUGGAUGUAAAGCCUUAAUAUUAAGAUCUACUUUCAAGCAUUCUAAUUAUGUUUCCAUGAUCAAAGAACUAGCACCAGAAUUAGAUUAACCAGGUAAUUUAAAUUCAAAGAGAAUUCCAGCUUUAAAAAGUAUUAAUAUAAAUAGAUUUAGGUACAAUAUUAAUUGAUGAUAUUCAUAAGAAAGGUUUCUUUAAUUUUAAAGAACUCUUUUCUAUUUAUGGAUCUUCUCAUUUAAAUGAAGUUGAUUAAAGAAUGUCUAAAUAAGAUCCAGAUGAUAUUACUAAUAUUUAAUUUACAUCUGGAACAACAGGUGCACCAAAAGGAGCCUGUUUAAGUCAUUUAAAUAUAUUAAAUAAUGGUAAAUAUGUUGGAGAAAGAGUUCAUUAUACAUCAAAUGAUAGAGUAGCUAUAGCUGUACCAUUAUAUCAUUGUUUUGGAAUGGUAAUGGGUAAUUUAGCAUGUAUCAAUUAUGGAUCUACUAUGGUAUAUCCAAGUGAUGGUUUUAGUGCAGGAGCUACUUUAGAAGCAGUCACUAAUUAUAAAUGUACUUCUAUAUAUGGAGUACCAACAAUGGUAUUAUUAUAUAUUAAUAAAUUUAGUUUAUUGAAUAUUUGAAUGAAUAUGAGAAACAUAAAACAAAAUAUGAUGUAUCUACAUUGAGAACUGGUUUAAUAGCUGGAUCUUUAGCAUCUGAAGCAUUAAUGAAAUAAAUUAUUAAUGUUUUAGGUGUGAGAGAUAUUUCAAAUUGUUAUGGAUAAACAGAAACAAGUCCAGUUACAUCUUAAACUAAAACUAUAGAUUCUUUUGAAAUAAAAACUAGUAAAGUUGGAUAACCUAUGAAUAUGGAAGUUAAAAUUGUUGAUUCUAAUGGAAAGAUUGUACCUUAUGAUACACCAGGAGAAUAUUGUUCUAGAGGAUAUGCAGUUAUGAAAGGAUAUUGGGGUGAUGAAAAAGCUACUAAAAAUACUAUAGAUGAAAAUGGAUUUCUUCAUAGUGGUGAUUUAGCAACAAUGGAUAAAAAUGGUUAUGUAGCUAUUGUUGGUAGAAUCAAAGAUAUGAUUAUAAGAGGUGGUGAAAAUAUAUAUCCUAAAGAGAUUGAAGAUUAUUUAUCUCAUUUAAAAGGAGUUGAAUAAGUUUAAGUAGUUGGUUGUUUUGAUGAAAAAUAUGGUGAAGAAGUUGUUGCUUUAAUUAAAAUGAAAAAAGGAGCUGAAGAACUUUCUGGAUUAGAUGUCUAUUAAUUUUGUCAUAAAAAGAUUGCUCAUUAUAAAAUACCAAAAUAUGUUAAAUUUGUUAAUGAUUUUCCAUAUACAGUAACAGGUAAACCAUAAAAGUUUAAAAUGAGAGAUGAAAUAAAUAAAGAACUUGAAGAUCCAAAACUUAGAGAAUUAUAUUAAAUCAAAUGACAUUAUAAAAUAUUUUAUAAAA